AUGUGGUCAAUCGUUGCACUUUUAUUUUUUGCUGUUACGCUGGUCUCGGGAAAUACGGAAAAGGUUAUAUUCCUCGGACCAAGCAGUCUCCAGAUUCCUGUGGAACAUCCAACUCUCGAGGAUCUCCACCUGGAUACACUUUCUCCACAACACUGGGCUCUUCGUACAUACCUGCCAGCAGAAUUUCCAAAGAACAACUCCAAACAUGGAGUUGCCUCAUGGUUUAUACUCCAUCGGCUAGAAGAAGGACAAAGGUAUGAAGUACGGGUCUGCUGGGCUGCAACACAACCCACGUCUUUUCGACUAGAAACAUACGACCUCCCUCAAGUUUUUGAAACUCCCGAAUUGAUUACCUCUCUAGCGCAAUAUUCUGAGGCGCGACAGCAAGACCCGGAAGACAGUCAAGCAGAAGCUAGCGGAAUCUCGAGGAGAUCUAGUUUCCGACGCGGUUCGGACGACCUAUCUUCAACUCUAUUCCUACAAAUAUUCGCAGCUGCCGACUAUUACACUACAAAUAAGACGCUCAUGAAAGAUGUGCCUCCUGUGUACGUUGACAUCAUACUCGAUCCCUUCAUAUUUAAUGUCCUCCCACGAUCCCUCCUACCAACAGUGGCCUAUAUCAUUUUGCUUGCCAUUGGUAGCUGGUACAUCUCAGCAUAUAUUAGUAAAUGGCUCCGUGGGCUUGCAACAGAGCCUUCGGAAGGCGAAAAGAAGAACAAGUAG